AUGUCUUUCAGAUGCCUGUUUUUUUCAAAGAGUGUCUUAUUUGUUUUUAUAGAGCGCUCAGUGUAUUAAAACAAUAUAUUCAAAACGUGCGUAUCGAUUAUGGAUAUUAGUUUUAAAUUAACAAUGGAUGUCAGUUGCCGCGCAUUGAAAUACAAUUAGCCUGUAUGGAAAUUGUUAUAAAAAAAGUGGCGGAAAUUUUUAUUAUUUAUAACUUUACUAGGAAUUUUUUGGAAGCUACGUUUUUUUUUACGCUGAUCGAUUGUUUCUUUUUGGAAAGUAAUUACCGUGCAUGGAUAAGUGAUAGAGGGAAAAAGUGCGUUUAAAACAGAUGCAAAAGAACGGUGUGAUGUUUAUUCUAGUCAUACGAUUCAAAUUCUGGUUUCUAUCGGCCUUAUAAAAUAUUCAGAAAGAAGAACAAGUGAUAUUUCGCGUUUGUUUGUGGUAUCGCUAACUCGAUGCAUAAUCGAUGAAAGUGUCAAUCCAUUUUUGCUAAUGAAAUGUGUUUUAUCCAAUUAACUCAAUGAAUCAAGAUCCUUACGGCUAGCAUGUGCUAACAAGUUAGCAGAUUUUUAAACAUCCUUCAUUUGCUUAUUCAGAAACGUUGAACAUAAAAGGAUGAGGAAAUACUCUGGCAAGGAUCUAGGCGUUAUUCUUAAAGAAUUAAUAAAUUAUCCAGUGGAUGGCAUGAAAAAUUAAUGUUCCAUUCUGUUCCGUAUAACUGGCAAUACUGGAGGUAGCGUAUGGCAGUCCUAAUGAAGAAGUUCAGUUACUCUUCUGUAAAGUUGAAUGGCACAUCAGUUCAUUAACGCCGUUAAAUAACCGUUCUUCUUUUACGUUAUUGAAAGAUACUGUGAACAAAAAAUAAUGUAAUUAAUAUGAACUCCAGGAAAACGUCAAAACCAGAUGUUAUCAAUGUAAAAAUAAUAGUUAAAAUUAGUUUACGAGCGAUUAAAUGAAUUAAGAAAGAAUUAAGCAACUUACGUCUAAACCGGAUAUUGUAAACCGGAAGUGACCAUGAAUUCAGCAGCAGGGGCUUCAAAUGUGGUUGUGCACGGAGGCGGGGGAAAACGGAAAAGCAAUGCUCAGCAGCCGGCGGACAUGGAGGAGCUAGUUGGAACCACUGAGGAGAAGCGGAACUGGCGAGGAAUUGUCAUCGCUCUACUUGUGAUUGUCACGGUCCUAGCGCUCAUCGUCACUGCCAUCAUCCUGGUCACACCAAAAACUGAAGAUAAUAAGGAAGGGGAGAAGGUGGACUUUAGAGGGUUUAUUAAAGGUUCCUUUGAGCCUCGGAGCUUCCAGCCUCGAUGGCUACCAGGAGUGGACGAGUCGUUUAUAUUCCGCGACCGAAAUGGGGCGGUUAUGCAUUACGACUGUGAGGACAACAGUACCUUUAUUAUAGUUGGAAACAAUACUUUCAGGGAAUUAAACACAGAUCGAUUCAGUGUUUCAGCAGACAAGCAAUAUAUUCUCUACCAAUAUGACAUUCAUAAGGUUUUCAGACAUUCUACAAUAUCACGGUACAGACUCGUCAAUAUAAAAACAUCUGAGCAAUAUGAGUUGGUUGGUCCCCAUGGCGAACAGUUACAGGUGGUCAAGUGGUCAACUAUUGGUCACUCGCUGGUGUUCGUCCAGUACAAUGACAUAUUUUUCUCACAAGACCCGGUCGUUGGUGAUUUGGAGCAGCUCACGUUUGAUGGGUUUGAAGAUGUGGAAACGCUGUUUAAUGGUGUCCCAGACUGGUUGUAUGAAGAGGAGAUUCUACAGUCCGACUCCGCAAUGUGGUUUUCACCAAACGGACGUCACUUAGCGUACGCGACGUUUGACGACCGUGACGUCAGCUCGUACGACAUGUCGUUAUACGGUGACAUGGUACAUGAGUACGUUAUGACCGCCAGACUUCCGUAUCCUAAGGCCGGUACACGAAACCCGACAGUGAUACUUAAAGUCGUCAAUCUGAUUACGAACAUCACAGUACAUAUACCACUGCCGCCGGAACUUCAGAAUGUGGACCACUACCUUUACGCAGUCACGUGGAAGGACCACAGUCACGUGCUUGCCACGUGGAUGAACCGUGCUCAGAAUCUCUCCGUUCUCUAUAUGUGUCCGAUUGAUGGUGGCUCGUGUAAGAAGAACCUACGAGUAGAUGGGGAGGGAGGCUGGGUCGACAUGUUCCAUUUUUCAAUGUUUACACCGGACGCCAGCAGCUACUUCCUGCUCAUACCACACAGGGACGGAGCAGCCGGCAGCUUCCAGCAUAUAGCCAUGGUGGAUUCCAAUAGCGACAUUCAUACGAAGCCGGGAGACGGGAGCAAGAUUUUCCUGACUGGAGGACGCUGGGAUGUCGUAGACAUCGUUGGAUAUGACGACGUCUUGAAAAUUAUAUAUUUUACAGCAACGAAAAUGGGCGAUCCACGGAAAAGACACCUGUAUAGUACCACUGUCUCCAAGACGCACGAAUCAUUCCGUCAGGUCACGUGUCUGUCAUGUGACAUCAGCGAGGACUGUCAGUUUGUUGACGCCACAUUCUCACCUACCGGGAAAUUUUACAUUCUGGCCUGUAAGGGACCCGCGGUUCCCAGCUACCAUCUAUACUCGAUCGAUAAUGGAUUAGUAAUCACUUUAGAAGACAACACUGAACUACGAAAAAUGUUGGAAGACUUCAGCUUACCCGUGCAGGAGUAUGUACAGAUACCGAUAGACGAGGAUGAGACAGAAUUUAUGUGGGCAAAGGUUCUACUUCCACCAAUUCUGAAGAAAGAUGAAAUUAUCACGUAUAAUAUACUAUUUAAAGUGUACGGUGCUCCUGGUACCCAGCUAAUUACAGAAGAGUUCAGUAUCGGCUGGGAGCAUUACUUGUGCAGUACCCACAGUAUCAUCAUCGUGUCGGUAGAUGGGCGGGGCACAGGCGGGAGGGGCAACAUGUGGAAACAUUCCGUCUACAAACAGCUCGGUCAGCUGGAGGUAGAUGACACCAUUACAGCUGCGAGAUAUUUCAACAGUCUACAUUAUGUAAAUGAGCAGACUGCUAUAUGGGGAAUGUCGUACGGGGGAUUUUUGACUGCAUCCGUGAUUGCUCGGGGAACCGAGGCGUUCAAAUGUGGGCUCGCUGUGGCCCCCGUUACGGACUGGAGAUAUUACGAUACUGCCUAUACAGAAAGAUACAUGGGGCUACCGACUGCGAGAGAUAACCUCGCCGCUUAUAACGCUGUAAACAUAUCAAAACAUGCAUCGAAUUUCAAGUCAUCGCGCUUUAUGCUGAUUCAUGGGACGGCUGAUGAUAAUGUCCAUUUCCAAAACUCUGCUCAAUUCAUGAAAGCCCUUGUAGAGGCUGAUGUCUAUUUCCGCCAGCAGAUAUAUACAGACGAAAACCAUUUCCUAGAUGGUAGAAACACUAAGACACAUUUCUACAACACCAUGGAAGACUUUGUACUUCAGUGUUAUGGCAAAAAGUUUACCUAUGAGGAUCUCAGUUCAGAUGCUUCAGAAAAGGAUAUUGAAGAGGAGGAAGCCGAAUAGACGAUACUGAGACGUUGUUUUGACGUUGUUUUGACGUUGUUUUGACUAUAUUGUGACGUUUAAGACAUAUAAUAUAAUGCGGGAUGAAGGGUGUAAUUGAAGUUCAUUAUUUUGAAAAAGCUACGAAAUUUAAAAGACAAGAUGGUUGAAGACAUGAUAAGGAACCUUUGAUGAUCAAAUGUGACGUUUUGGUACAGAAGGUAUUUGGAAAGGCAUGUGGGCUUUAUAAAUGUGAAAACGGUGUGAACCGCGAAGUAAGAAGUAGUAGAUGGACGAAAUGUGUGGUAUAAGACUUCAUCUGAUGGAAAAUGAUGCACAUAGAAGAUGAUUGCGUCAGAAGUGUUCUUUUUGCACGCAAGUGGUUUUUUCGAAUAACUCUUGAUGACACUGUUUUAAUAGGAUAUUAAAUAACAGUGAAAUGGAUUACUGAUUCCAGUUCGAGUUGAUACGAGAUGUUCGAAUGUUGUGUAAUAUGGACUCUGUAGUAAAGGUGCGUUAAUUGCCGUAUCAGGUGGCAGUAUUGCAUAACUGUGUGAUGACAUAAAAGAAGGUUAUGUAUUGACAUGUAUCCAGGCGGCAUGUCCAAGUUCAUAGAGUUUGGUACAGUUAAAAUGUAUAAUUA